CCCACAGAACCUUAGGGGAGGUCAGCUAAGUGGACUUCAAGAAGUGACCUCACUUCCUUGACGAUGGCCACAACAGAACCUGGAACCCCGGUUACCAGGCACCCACAAUGUGGUGCUGGUGACCCAGCCAGUUCAGUUGGUCAGAGGCCAUCGAGCAGAUAUGUUCUCGUGUUGUCUCCCAACAUCCCAAGGCCCAGGCCGGGGCCAGCCCCAGGCUGCGGAUAUUCUCCAGAGCUACAGACAUUGGGUCAGCCCUCGCCCACAGCAGCUCUGGCAAUUCUCUCAGAGGGAAACCAAGAAUGACAGUGACAUUGCCACACCCCUGGAGGACACCAGCGGAGUGGGGACCAUGGUGGCAAGCAGGCUGGAGGGGGAGCCCUCGCCAAGAGCAGCUGAUUCUGCUCCAGUGGAGCCAGCCCCAGCCGAGAUGGCAGCAGCUAAGAUGGGGCCAGGACCAAUCCUGGAACCUGAGGAACCAGCAACAGUGGAACCUGUGCCAUCCCCGUCACCUGCCAGCAGCGUGGGGACCCAGGAGGCAGGCAAGGUGGAGAAGCUGGUGAGUCAGCUGGUGCCUGCCCAGCAGAGAGGGGACCGCUUCAUCGUCCCUGCAUUCCUGCUCAUCUAUCACAAGUUCACCACCACCCAGCAGGUGCUGCAUCUGCUGUUCCAAAGGUAUGCAUCCUUUCAGCCUCACUGUGAAGAGGACGACCGCACUAAGGAUGCCCUGUGCUCCCUCCUGGGAACCUGGCUGGACCGUUAUCCCGAGCACUUCUGUCAGCCUCAGGACCUGACCUGUCUGCAUCAGCUGGUGGCCUACGUCCAGCUCCAUAUGCCCUUCUCGGACCUGGCACUCCGAGCCCAACGGCUCCUGACCCAGCUGGAGGACCCCGAGCCCAAGGAGGCUGAGGCUGAGCCCAAAGAUCUAGCGCCAACUACAGCAGCGGCACCCCAACCAGAGUCGGCUGAACCAUCGCUGCCCCGGGCAGUCCACCUUUCAGCUGCAGAGGCGCUGGAGGCCCCUGAGGGGCCAGCAGCUGAACCAAGUGCAGCACCCCACCAGGAACAAGACGUGGGAACGGUGCCCUCCUUGACGGCUGCCAGCAGGGUUGGGACCCUGGACACAGGCAUGGUGGAGAAGCUGGUGAAUCAGCUGGUGCCUGCCCAGCAGAGAGGGGACCCCUUCUUCGUCCCCACAUUCCUGAACAUCUAUCAAAGGUUCACCACCACCCAACGGGUGAUGCACCUGCUGUUCCAAAGGUAUGCAUCCUUUCAGCCUCACUGCGAAGAGGACGACCGCACUAAGGAUGCCCUCUGCUCCUUCCUCGGUACCUGGUGGGACCGCUACCCGGAGCACUUCUGUCAGCCUCAGGACCUGGCCAGCCUGAAUCAGCUGCUGGCCUACGUCCAGCUCCAGAUGCCCAGCUCAGACCUGGCACGCCGAGCCCAGCUGCUCCUGAUGCAGCUGGAGGAUCCAGAGCCCCAGGAGGCUGAGGCUGAGGCUGAAGCGGAGCCCGAGGCUCCAGCACCAGGAGGAGACCUGGAGGUGCCUCCCGCAGCGGCUGCUGCACUUCUGGGGUCAGAUUUGGUGGCAACCCCGGCAUCUGCUCCCCAGCCAGAGCCACCUGAAGCCUGUCUGUCCCUGGCAACUGUGCCAGCUGUGGAGGCCCUGGAGCCCCCUGCAUCUCCAGAAGACAAACCAGAGCCAGAGCAUCCCCAGCCCUGGUUCACGAAGCGGCGCUGGCCCUGGGGCCGCCGGCGUGGGCAGCGCACAAUCUCCAAUCAGGACCGUCCCCACCGUCGUUCACCCAGCUGGGGCCCCAUGGAUCCAGGUGAAAUGAGAUGCAUGUGGUUCCCUGAGCACUCCACGAGUUCCCAGCUCCUCAGCCUCUGGAUCCUGAAUGAGGACUCACACAGUUUCUGCAUGGACAGGGCGGCCUUUCUCCCAGUGGGUUAA